CGGACGCAGGCCGGGCGGAAGCGAGCGGGGCGGGCUGAGCGGCGGGAAGGCAAGGCGGGCUUUUAAAGGGACGGUCCCCGGCUCAGCGCUGGGGAGCACCCGGCAGUCGGGCUCGAAGAGCCCGUCAGGGUCCCCAGCCAUGGCCAGGCCACCCGUUCCAGGCUCCGUAAUUGUCCCAGACUGGCACGAGAGCGCCGAAGGCAAGGAAUACUUGUCCUGCAUCCUGCGAAAGAACCGGCGGCGGGUGUUUGGGCUGCUCGAGAGGCCAGUGCUGCCUCCGUCCGUGGCUGUUGACAUGGCCAGCUACAAGAUCUUUGUGUCCGGGAAGAGUGGCGUGGGCAAGACAGCACUGGUGGCCAAGCUGGCCGGCCUGGAGGUGCCCGUGGUGCAUCAUGAGACCACUGGCAUCCAGACCACUGUGGUAUUCUGGCCAGCCAAGCUGAAGGCCAGCGACCGUGUCCUCAUGUUCCGCUUUGAAUUCUGGGACUGUGGAGAGUCUGCACUCAAAAAGUUUGAUCACAUGCUGCCGGCUUGCAAGGAGAACGCCGACGCCUUCCUCUUCCUCUUUUCCUUCACCGACCGUGCCUCUUUCGAAGACCUGCCUGGACAGCUGGCCCGUGUGGCGGGCGAGGCCCCUGCUGUGGUUAGGAUGGUCAUUGGCUCUAAAUUUGACCAGUACAUGCACACAGACGUACCAGAGCGGGACCUCACCACCUUCCGCCAAGCCUGGGACCUGCCCCUCCUGCGGGUGAAGAGCGUGCCAGGGCGGCGGCUGGCCGACGGACACACCCUGGAUGGGCGGGCUGGGCUGGCUGACGCUGCCCAUGUGCUCAAUGGCCUCGCAGAGCAGCUGUGGCAUCAGGACCAGGUGGCAGCUGGCCUUCUCCCCAGUCCCCCGGAGAAUACCCCUGGCUGAGGGGUGGUGCUCCCAUGAACAGGCACCUGUGAUCUCUACACCUGCCCCUCAACGAGACCCACCGCAGAGCGCAGGCGGCAGGACCAAAGGCUGAGGCAGGAGCAGUGACUUCACCCUGAGGCCUGGCCCAGGAGGGUGGCAGAAUGGAAAGGCCCCACCCCCGAGGCACACUCCUGACAGGAGUCAUGGGUGUGAGGUAGGGACUCUGGUUCUGCAGCAGAGAACCGAGAGCA